AGUAGAUGGUUGGUUUAGAGAGAGCAAUUUUCGACGUAAAAAAACGACAUAUGCGCUCAAUUUCGUGUAAUUUGGUUUCGGGUUAAUCUUGGAAUAGUUUUUACUCAAUUAUAGUGUGAAUUACACGUAUUAUCGUCGAGUACCGUAAUUGCCCCAGCGGUUCGUCCGACGCGCUCUCCGUCGGGGUUUUCGGUUCCUUCGGGGUGGUUUGUGAUCGAAGAUAGCUUGUGAAGUGUCCGUCCAAACUGUGCUUCCUAGUGCUCAAUGUGUCCUUGCGUUUGAAGACGAGGCCACUAACUGCCCAAGACGCCUCCGCUGCUCUCCAAAGUGGAUAACAAACCCUUCACGACGCUGAACUUCACGGACCUGGGGUCCCCUUUCGGGGGGCCUAACGAGGAACCCCCCGGCACGCCCAACACCAUGUCGGGGGAGGCGCACAUCGGGCCGCCGACGCCGCACGAGUCCAGCAGCUCGACGCCGGUCUCGAAGAGCGCCUUCAUCGAACUCCAGCAGCACGGCUACGGCCCGCUGCGGACGUCGUACCAGCACCACUUCAACUCGCCGGCGGGAAACGCGCACACGGGGCCGACGGGCACGCACGACGCCGGCUUCCCCAGCCCCAGGGGCGCCCUGGGGGCAUACCCCUUCCCUCCUAUGCACCAGAACUCCUACACGGGAUACCACCUAGGAUCGUACGCCUCCAACUGCCCGCCCUCACCCAAAGAUGACGAAAAGUGUUUAUCGCUGGAGAGGCCGUCGGGGGGCGGCAAGGGCAAGAAGAUGAGAAAACCAAGAACAAUAUAUUCAAGUCUUCAGCUGCAGCAGUUGAAUCGGCGGUUUCAAAGGACGCAGUACCUGGCUUUGCCCGAAAGGGCAGAAUUAGCCGCCAGUUUAGGUUUAACGCAAACGCAGGUCAAAAUAUGGUUUCAAAACAGGAGAAGCAAGUACAAGAAAAUGAUGAAGGCGGCGCAGGUGUCGGGGGGCAACAACAACAACGGGACUCCCGGGGGACAUUCGGGACUUUUAGGACCUAAUUCGAAUUUACCGCCGACGAGUCCAGGACCACAAAGCCAAAAUAUGAUGCCAGGGGGCGGAUCGUCUAGUGGUUCACCAGCGACCGCCGGCUACAUGCAGCAUUCGUCGCCGGCCCCCAGUUCAACCCCAGGUUCAGACAUGUCGGGUCAACCGGCAGCUAGUCCCGGCUGGGACGUCAAACCCCAGCAACCAAUACACCCGCCACCUCAUCCAGCGCCGCACCCACACCCGCCACACAACUACCUCCCACAAUAUUCGUGGUACCCCACGGACAACCCCGGCCUCCUUACGGUGUGGCCAGCUGUUUAAUAAUGAAGAAAGUGAUUAGUUACUAAUUAGGUCUAUGAAAUUUUAAUAACAAAGGACAAACUGCGACCAGUGAGUGCGAACGUUCGGAAAAUCGUUGUUGAGUUAUGUUUGGAUUGUGUCUAGUUACGAUCUCAGCUAAAGAAUAUUCCAUCCUGUUAAUAAAAAAUGAGUUCGGUGCAAUAUCGUCGAUGACAGGGCAAGGCGAUUCGAUCAACAAUUCGUCCUCAGUUGUAUUAAUUUAUUUUCCUAUCGAUGGCGUUUGUUGGUUUAGUCGUUUGGCGUUUUCAUUUCGAGCGGAAAACUGUAAAAUAGUGAUACGUACUAACAGAAAGUGUUGACUAGGUUAUCCAUGGUAUAAAAGUGAUUGGCAUUUUGAGGUUUCCUUCUUAUAAUUUUACAAUAUUGUUUCAAACCUUUCACGACUUGAGAAACGCUCGUUUUUAUACCAUGCGUUUUUGUUUGAUUGUUGGUGCGUUUUGUUGAAUAUGUAAGUAAAAUGAGGGAAACGUGGGCGAGCGAUUGUGGGAGGAACUCGCAAGAACUUGACAACUUACUAAUUGCGCGACUUGUCACUGUCGGUCUAUAAAAGUUUUAGUGAUUCCUUGUAUAGUAUAUUGUAAACUAUAUUAGUUGUUGAUGAUUGUGGUGAGUGUGAGACAGAAGAUGUACCUUAUUAUGUAAAGUAGUGUUUAUUGAAAACUGUCUAUAAUUUUAGGACGAAAUUAUUAUAAUUAUUAAAUGAAAAAAUAUUUC